UUUUUUCAUGUAAGAGAAAUCAAAAUGAGGUUGCAAAUACUUUUGUGUGCUUCUUGUUUAAUAUUUUCGUGUUGGUUGAUCUCUACAGCAACAAGUUACAAUUUAGUAUGUUAUUUCGCCAGUUGGGCUAUUUACAGGAACUUCAGUGGAAAAUUUGACAUCAGUGACAUUGAUCCUCACCUAUGUACUCAUGUUUGUUUUGCAUUCAUUGAGUUAUAUGAGGAUGGAUCCCUUUACGUGGUGGAUCCAUGGGCAUCUAACGAUGAAGAUGAUGGUGGACAUUACCAUCAAUUCAGGAGUCUCGCAGAAUUGAAAAAAUCUAACCCAGACCUCAAACUUUUGCUCAGCUUAGGAGGUUGGAAUGAAGGCUCCAAAAAUUUCUCAAUAGUCUCAGCAGAUCCUGUUCGGAGGAUUAAGUUGAUAAAUGAAAUCUUACCACUAAUUGAAAAAUAUAAUUUCGAUGGUUUAGAUGUAGACUGGGAAUACCCCACGUUGAGAGAUUAUGCGCAACCGGAAGAUAAGGAUAACUUUGUCGCCCUACUAAAAGACUUCAGUGAUGUUUUGAAACCAAAGAAACUCCUGCUGACUGCUGCAGUAGCUGGCGCUGUUGAUAAAAUUGAAUCUGCUUACGACGUAGAAAAAAUUAUGCAGUAUUUGGACAUGAUAAACCUUAUGACAUAUGAUUAUCACGGUGCCUUUGAUAACUUUGUAGGACAUAUUUCACCAUUACAUGCUUCUCCUUUGGAUUAUGAGCAUGGAAGAAAUGCUACAUAUACCGUUUCUACAGGUUUGGAAUAUUGGAUCUACAAAAACGCAGAUAUAAGUAAAAUUAACAUGGGAGUGCCUACGUACGCAAGAACUUUCACAUUAGAAGAUCCGAACAACCAUGAUCUAUACGCACCCGUUACCGGACCUGGUGAGAGAGGAUUGUAUACAGGUCUUUUAGGUUGCUUGGGAUAUCAUGAGGUUUGUGAAUUUUACUCUGGUUCUGAUUCGGUUAUGUACUGGGAUGAUGAUCAAAAAGUUCCACAUAGAGUAAUAGGUGAUCAAUGGAUAGGUUAUGACGACGAAAAAUCCAUCGAAAUGAAAGUAGAUUUCGCUAUGGCCCAUGGAGUAGCUGGUAUUAUGGUUUGGACAAUGGAUACCGACGAUUUUAAUGGAUUGUGCGGCAACAAAUACCCGUUAAUCAACACUGUUAAGAAUCGCUUAACUUUGCACGAAAAUAAGAAAAAACAAAAGAAGAUUUCUUAAAUAAGACUGGUUGUUAAAAUAAAAUUAGUUUUGAUUAAAUUAUUGAAUUAAAA